AUGGUCAAACUCCAAGAGCUCAUACAAUUUGGCAAGGUCCGCGGCCCUGCAGCGCGAGGGCUCGUCAAAGAUAUCUCGCUUGAUAAUGUGUUUGACGUCGAAUCCGAGAUCCGCACGAGGCAUCUCAUCAACGGUAACACUCAACGAUACACAGUGAUCACAUUCACUCUUGAUGGCUCAGAGCUUUCAGUCACCAACCAAGAUGAGACUGAGGCUCAAUUCAGAGACGCGGCGACUUCAACAACAUCUCCAGUAGAAAGCAUCGACAAUCGACGCAGCAUGUCUGCACAUACUCCUAGCGUCGAGAUUGCCUCUUUCAAGAAAGGCCUUGAGACGGCAGCCAACAGAAUUUUACAAAAACAACUCAAUGAACACAACGAGUUCCAAAAGAAGCGCUUUGAAAAAUCAUUCAAAAAUUACAACAAGCUUUUGGCCAGGACUCUGAACGUCAUACAUGUUAAAGGUGACGCCUUUCACCCUGAACACGAACUCCAUGUGUCAAACAAGCAUGCAGCAAAAAUUCUGGCCAACAAUCCGCAGAUCUUCGCUGAGUAUCAGCAAGCAUGUGAGCAAUCCUUAAUAGAAUACAGAGCGGAGUUGAAGCGCCAAUACCGGCAGCAACUGAACGAUAUCGAGCUUGAAUGUCGAGAUUGGAUGAGGGCAAACAGGGGCUUCAAUCUGGAUGUUGGGGCCCUCGACGGGCUCACGAACAGAAUCACCCAGGCAACGAACUUCGAAGCGCCUUUGCCAGUUGUCGGUAAAAGCGUCUCGGACAGAUUCACAAAGGAUAUUCUGGAUGCCGAAUUGGUGGAUACGAUGGCGGAAUUCAAGGAGCUGGCGUCAAAGCCUGUCGAGGAAGGAGGUCUUUCCUUCGCUCGUAAGACAGUGAAGCUGAAGCCACUUUUCGAAGGCAUUCCGGAACCUGAUUUUGAUGGAAUGGCUUCCACGGAGGAAGUACCUGCCGUACGUCUGCCGACGGACCAGACAACUUUCGGACAAGCUACCAAUCAAGCAUCUGCUGCUCUGAGUAUCAUCAACCGAAAUAAAUCUUCUAGCCACGGUCAAGCUAUUGCUUCUCCUGUCUUUGGAGCACACAGACAUCAAGCACAACAAUCAGGGCUCCAGCACAACCUUGCCAACCAGUUUACACCGAUCAACCGCCCAUACAUCAGCCCUUACGCACCUCCGUUUCAUUGCCAGUCCGUACCGACUUUUAAUCCAAGCAACGACUGGGACGGAUCCACGGAUAGAUCGCUGGCAGACCGCUCACGACCAUCGCCUCCAGAGAACAAGCCCACACGAUGCCCACAAGACGCAAUGGAAGGAAUAGGUUCUCAAAACAGUACAUACGGACGAGCGAAGUCUGAAGAUAGACCUGAGUAUCCAUCUUAUCCUGUUUCUGUUAAGAGAGUCCUCCAGCUACCCUCCAGUCCCCAGCCAGGAUAUGCUGUCGUUAAUAUCGCGGCAAGCAUACCAAUUGCAAAUGAAACGAUUACGGAUCGAUCUCAAGCAAUUGGAACAAGAAGCAUCGAGCCGAAGUCCAAAUGUUCGUCGAAUCCUCUUCCUCGCGCAGGAGUAUUCAAGCUCCCAAGCAUAUCUCAGCCCGUAAGUCGAAGGAUAACACCCACGCUGAUCGCCCCAGUCAGACAUCUCGACGAGAGCUUGAACAACAAGAACCAUGAGCCUCAUGAGAAGCCACGAAUUUCUUCAGCCGUCGCCACGUCGAGCAUCAUUCCUACUGUUCUUAGAAACGAUUCCACCAUCGAAUGCUCGAACUCGUAUGUCAAAACCAGCUUGUAUGAUGCAGACUACGAUGAAGAAGACGACAUAGACUACGUCCCUCCGCCUGCCAACCUCGAUCCGAAUACAUACGUCGACGCGACCCUCUAUGAUGAAGAAUACGUGCCUGUACCGGCUUCAAUAACUCCCCGGAAGAGCCAAAACCAAAACUGCCAAGACCACUACCUCAAGAACGAGCUGCGAGAUGUCCAGCCUAGACACCGCAUAACCAGUCUACACUCACACUCUCCCCCAACACCGCCAAGUCCGCCAAGUCCUUUUCUCCACGAGACUCAGCACAUGCAAGACGGCAAUGAAUAUGGUGAUCGGCCAGACUAUCAACGGUUCGACAAUGAAGAACUGCCGAGUUACGAGGAUUUCGACGACGAAGAGGCUGAGACGUCGAGGUACUUGUCGAGGGCACCAAUCAACAGAGGUGAAGAUUGGGAUGCCAUCAGUAUCUCGAGUGGUAAGGAGGACGGUCAUGAUGAGGAAGACCAGUACAGCGACGGACAAGGCUCUGAAAAUGAAUCUCCAUACAAAGGAAACUGUGAUUCCUACGUCCCGUCACACAGCUUCGGCGCACCCAUCGACCAACACCUCCUCGAGCGUGAUAUCCGACCUACAUUCGCCCAAAUUCAAGGCCAAGAUCAACAAGCAAAUCUCAAGAGAAAGAGAGAAGACUCGCCUCUACCAUUCUACGAUCCGAGCUCGGAAAAUGUAACGUGGGGAAAUACCUUGGGUUACAGAAAUAGUAGGGACAUUGGUAUUCGGCAGCAGUUUCGAGGGAAGACUGUUAAUCAGGUAUUGCAGAUGUUAAUGGAUGAAGAGGCGAAGAAGCGGAAGAGGAGCGGUGGUGGUGGUGGUGGUGAGGUGUUUGAAGCUGGUGGCUAUGGCGAUGAAUAG